AACAGUCCAUUUUAAAACAAAAAGGCUACGUUUGUUAUAAAUUUGUUUUACCACAAGAACUAUUGUUAUUUUGAGAUCAAGUUGGUAAAACUCGGGCAAGAUGGAUGCAUUAGACCCCUCGGAGAGAAAGAAGAUUUUGGAGAUCAUGAAAGAAAAAGAGAGGAAUGUUCCCAAUAUGGACUGGAUGUACACAAAGGCCAAGCCAGACAGAGAAGAUUAUUUGCUGGGCAAGAAAGUCGACAAACAUUUUGAAACGGAAGAUAAGCCUGAAGAACCCAUUCCACAAGCCGAUGUGUUUGGUGAACGGAUCAAGGCAAACAUAACUCUGGACAUGCAGGCCAAAAUGAGAGAAGACCCACUCUUUGCUAUCAGGAAAGUGGAAGAAGAAUCUAGACGAAAGUUGUUGCAGAACCCAAUCAAGAUGAAACAGUUGAAAAAAAUGAUCGAGCAGCAGAAGCGAGACAAAAAGAAGAAAAAGAAAAAGCACAAACACAGGAAGGAUAAUUCAGAUAGUGAAGACGACCUUGUCAGUAAAUAUCUGUCAAUCUUAAAUAAAAAACAAAACAGCAAACAUGGAUCGACUAGUCUUAAAGAAAAACAUUUUUCAAAGGGAGAUAAAACUGGCAAAACCUCCAAGCAUCACAGUGCCGAAAACAUUCAUCAUGGUCAUUCAAGGGAAGAUAAUUCUGAACAUUCAAGGAAAGGUAACUCUAAACAUUCAAGGAAAGAUAAUUCUGAACAUUUGGGUAAAGAUAAUUCUGAACAUUCAAGGAAAGAUCAUUCAAGGAGGAGGACAUUGUCAAAUAGGUCUUCUCCAGAUGGUGAUAGAUUUGAACGUUCACAAAGAAAUCGUUCAAGAGAUUCAUCGGAAGAGAGCGAAAAAAUUCAGCUGCAAGAUAGGACCAGAGUUCCACCUCCCGUUAGUCACAGAAGACAACGCUAUGAUAGCAGCAGUAGUGAAGAACCUCAACCCAAAACCUACGGAUUAAUUAAAAUGGGUAAUCAACACACAAGAACAGAUGAAGUUCGUGGAAAACGAUCAAGAUCACCAGACAGAACCAAGCGGUCGCCAGAGCACCACAGACAACGCAGCAGGUCUCCAAGGUCACGGUCAAGGUCACCCAACAGAAAUUCCAGCAAGCCGUCAGUAGAAAGCCAGCGCAGACUUCAACAUCGUGGUGGGAGCAGAUCUCCAGUGAAAUCUAAACCCAGAAGGCCGUCGCCUAAAAGAAAGCUGACCGCCGAAGAACGUGAGAAGAAACUCGCAGAGAUGAUGGACAAUGCCAAAUGGAGGGAGGAACAACGGAGGUCGAACGUCAAGCAUUACGAACAGGAGGAUCAAAAAGAGGAGGAGUUAGAGAACAGUGGUCGAGGCAAUGGGGCUAAAUUCCUCAAUCCGAUGUUGUCCAAGCAUGCCGCUGAGAGCACAAUUGAAGACCGACUGAAGAGAAACAAGUACAACAUACAACGAAGGAAAACCGACCUUGAGAAAAACUUCACCAAAAAGUGACAUUCUUACUCAACAAAGAUAGCUCGUUUUUCACAGGUGACAUUCAAAAUG